AUGGUUUAUAUUAGGUCUCGUGAUAUAUCUUUUGUCCCACAACUUAGACAUUUCGCUGAAUGUGUUGGUGGCCCGGCUUGUGGUCACCAGAUCCUAGUGAUUCCUCAUUUGCCACUGCCUUCUGUCUUAGGUACUGUUAUUCUAAGCGUUCAUCUGUACACAUACGCUGGCGACGUAUAUGCAGAGUGUCUCUCGGAUAGCAGUGUAUUUGUCCAGUCGCGACAAUGUAAUGAGUGUCAUCAUUUCCAUCCAACCACAGUAGUUAAAAUACCUCCUGGUUGUUGCUUAAAGAUCUUUUCCAAUCGUGAAUUCGCUGCUCUGCUUCACCUGACUGUGUCUCGGGGAGUCGAAGCUGUCUACGACCUUGUCAAGCUGUGCACCAUACGUAUGAGCUUUGUAAAGGGCUGGGGCGCAGAGUAUCACAGACAAGACGUCACUUCGACGCCCUGCUGGGUGGAAAUCCAUCUCCGAGGACCCUUCUUCUGGCUGGAUCGUGUUCUCCGUCAAAUGGGGCCCUCACAGAAUCCUAUAUCUUCAAUAUCAUAA